AUGAAUACUCAUGUCACUCUCAUCCUGUCCUCUCUUCACAAACCAGGAAAUAUCUGCACUCUCAUCCUGUCCUCUCUUCCCCAAACCCGGGAUGAUACCAUGUCCUCUCACCCUGUCCUCCCACCAGCCAGGAUGAAUACCAUGUCCUUUAUCCUGUUCUCUUCCCCAAACCGGUGAAUACUAUGCACUCUCAUCCUGUCUCUCUCACCAACCCAGGAUGAAUACUCUUCACCCCACCUGUUCUUCCCCAAAGCCAGGAGAAAACAUGUCACUUUCCCUGUCCCUCUUCACCAGCGGAGAAUAAUCAUGUCACUCUCAUCCGUCCUCUCUUCCCCAAGCGGUGAAACUCAUGUCACUUACCCGCCCUCUCUUCACCAGCCAGGAUAAUACUAUGUCCCCCCUUCCUGUCUUUUUCACCAAGCCAGGAUGAAUACAAAUGACUCUCAUCCUUUCCCUCUCUUCACAAGCCAGAAAAUCUCAGUCCUUAUCCUGUCCUCUCUUCCCCAAAGCACCUCAUCCUGUCCUCUCUUCACCAAGCCAGGAUGAAUACUCAUGUCACUCUCAUCCUGUCCUCUCUUCACCAGCCAGGAUGAAUACUCAUGUCGCCCUCAUCCUGUCCUCUCUUCACCAAGACAGGAUGAAUACUCAUGUCACUCUCAUCCUGUCCUCUCUUCACCAAGACAGGAUGAAUACUCAUGUCACUCUCAUCCUUUCCUCUCUUCACCAAGCCAGGAUGAAUACUCAUGUCACUCUCAUCCUGUCCUCUCUUCACCAAGACAGGAUGAAUACUCAUGUCGCCCUCAUCCUGUCCUCUCUUCACCAAGACAGGAUGAAUACUCAUGUCACUCUCAUCCUGUCCUCUCUUCACCAAGCCAGGAUGAAUACUCAUGUCACUCUCAUCCUGUCCUCUCUUCACCAAGCCAGGAUGAAUACUCAUGUCACUCUCAUCCUGUCCUCUCCUCACCAAGCCAGGAUGAAUACUCAUGUCGCCCUCAUAAUAAUAAUAUGCCAUUUAGCAGACGCUUUUAUCCAAAGCGACUUACAGUCAUGCGUGCAUACAUUUUUGUGUAUGGGUGGUCCCGGGGAUCAAACCCACUACCUUGGCGUUACAAGCGCCGUGCUCUACCAGCUGAGCUACAGAGGACCACUCAUCCUGUCCUCUCUUCACCAAGACAGGAUGAAUACUCAUGUCACUCUCAUCCUGUCCUCGCUUCUCUCUUAUCCUCCUUCCCUUGCUUUACUCUCCCUAAUCCAACACACUUCCUCCCUGUGAUUUCCUCCCCCCUCUCUUCCUCUCUUCCUCUCUUCCCCCCUUUCCCUCUCUUUUUUCUCCUCCUACCCCACACCCCUGCCUCCCUCUCUCUCUCAUCCCCUCUUUCCUACUCUCUCUCCAUCCACCUGCCUCCCCCUCUCUCUCCCCCAGAUACAGUAUGUCUCGUCUGGAGAAGGCUGUUGUAUCCAUGGUGGAGGUGUUCGAGGAGUAUGCUACAAAGGAUGAUAAGAAACAGCAGCUUAGCGGGGCAGAGCUGGCAGAGCUGAUGAGGAAAGAGCUGGCCAGCCCAGAGUUCCAAGUAGGACACACACACACACACACACACACACACACACACACACACACACACACACACACACACACACACACACACACACACAUGCUCAGUGUUCUCCUGUAUGGCUCACAAGGGUUGUGGGUUCGAUUCCUGGGGCCACCCAUAUGAAAAAUCGAUGCAUGCAUAAAUGUAAGUCGCUUUGGAUAAAAGCAUCUGCUAAAUGGCAUAUUGUUAUAUUAACACAUAAAGCAUAUCCACAUUUUUUACAUAUCCAUACAACAACAUGGUCGUAACGUUUUAUUAACAUACACAUAGCACUGCAUAAUGAUGUCUACAAGAUACCUAGAAAACCUACAUACCUUUGUGUGUGUGUGUGUGUGUGUGUGUGUGUGUGUGUGUGUGUGUGCGUGCGUGCGUGCGUGUGCAUGCGUGUAUAUGCGUGCGUGCAUUUGUGUGUCUCAGGGAAAGGUGGAACCAGCAGUGCUCCAGGAGGCGAUGACCAACCUGGAUAAGAACCACGAUGGGGAGAUCAACUUCAGAGAGUUCUCAAUGUUCUUGGCUACUCUGGCCAGAGGCUACUACAGAGCCAGAAACAAGGGCAAGGGCAACAAGGGCAAGCCUGACAAGCCUGAAUGAGCUCCCGAGUGGCGCAGCGGUCUAAGGCACUGCAUCUCAGUGCUUGAGGCUACACUACAGACUCCCUGGAAAAGUAUACUUACUGUAACUUGUAUGAUGCUUUUAAGAUGUCUUCUCAACUUUUCCCCCCGUUUAAAAAAAUAAAUAAUUUGACUUGAUUACUAA